ACGGUGUGAACGUUAACUGUGGUACUGGAGCUUAGACUCCACCUGGAAUGUGGGCCAGCACAGAGGUCUAGGUGCAGUCAUGUGACCCCCAGACAAAUGGAAAACCAAUCAGCAACUAUUACUGAGACUCAGUGCAGGAUCUGGAGUUUAACUAAGUUUUCCGAAGACCCGGCUACGAAGCGAGAGCUCCUGAUUAUGUCAGGGGAAUUAGGGGGAAAACCAACGGCAUGAGAGGAAGAGCUACAGAACGAUGACAUUUGGUUCAUGUUGAGUUUCCGUGCUUCAAAGUCCACGCAGCCUGUGCUCGGUGUGAACUUGUCGGACACGGAUGGACAAGGUCGGCGACCGUAGACCUGCUGUGGAGGAGAACAGGAGUUCAGAAGAGGAUGUUCGAUCCCAGAGCAUGGUGGCAGCGGUCAGCUGUCCUGCAGCGGCCACCGCGAGACUCACCUUACCGGGGGUCAUGGACUCUGAGGGCAGGGUGGACGAGUCGAGACUGAGGCUGUACAUAUUCAAAAACGAAUCAACAGGGUGGCAUAUUUUAAACCAUUGUUUCCCAAAGACUGGGUUGCGGACCUCAGGCGGCGUCUCUCCCUCUGAGCGAGGCCUGGCUUGGCGUUUUCUAUUCGGGAUGUACUCGUGCAGCUCCACGGCUUUGGAACGCUCUCUGCUGCAGGAGCAGUUGAUGGUACGAUACCAGGUCAUGAAAAGGAAGUGGCAGCAGUUGAUCCCCUCGGCUGUGAGGAUGCAUCUUAACAACUCAGACGCUGAGUUGGUUGCAGCUGUUCAGUAUUUUGACCAGAGACAAGCACAGGCCCAGCAGCAGACCCUGGACCUGUCUGAGGAGGUCAGAGAAAGGCUGGCUUUCUUGGAGCUUCAGGCACAGAUUUUAUUUGAGCGGGUGACAUUGGACGAGGAGGAGCUGCAGGAAGCUGUACGAAUCAUUGACAAGGAUGUACCAAGAACAAACAGAGAUCUGUUCUAUUACCAAGGUGAGAUUUCAGGAAAUCUGUUAGUGUUGAGAGACAUCCUUAUCACGUAUGCUGCCUUUCAUCCAGAGGUCAGUUAUGCCCAAGGGAUGAAUGACCUGUGCAGCCGGUUCCUCGAGGUUCUAGAUUGUGAGGUGGACACAUUCUGGAGUUUUUCCCGCUACAUGGAAAAGUUUUCCAAAGACUUCAGAGCUGAUGGUCUGCAUAGGAAAAUAGAAUUAGAGGCAGCUCUGCUGAAAGUACUGGACCCAGAGCUUUAUGCUCACUUAGCCACCGACAGCAUGGAGAACUUCACGUUCUGCCACAGGUGGUUACUGCUGGGUUUCCAGAGAGAGUUUGAACACAGUGAUGCCCUACGUCUGUUUGAGAUCCUCAGUUGUGACCACCUGGAGCUCAUUUCCCAGCAAGUGGAACGAGCCAGGUAUCAGGAAAGACUGGCCCAAAACAUCAGCGCAGAGGACAGUCCAGAGUCAGAGCUGCAGGCCAUCAACACUGACUUCACCUUUGAGCUGUUCAUCUGUGCAGCUAUUCUGCUGGAGAACAGGGAGGUUCUGCUUCAGUGUCAGGACGAUGCUCAGCUCAUCCGGUUUACAAGCAGUCUAAAUGGCAGGCUGGAUCUGAGUGGCACGCUGAAGAAAGCAGAGCAACUUUUCUACAACUACUGCAGAAGCUGCUCUUGGGACGAUGUUAACGGACAAUGCAGGGAAAACAAAAGCAAAGAAGAAGACUUUCUGUAUCAGCUGCGCUGUUUGUUUCUGUUAAAGUGACAUUUGAACAGCUGAUUGAAGUGUUGUGUUUGAUGGAAACACUAAUGUUUUCAAGGCUGCUCCUAAUUCAAUUGCUUUCUCCUUAAUGCAACUGUACAGUAUUUAUUGAAGGACCAUUAACAGUAACUUCAUCCUGUGUACACUGCUGCACGUAUAAUACACACUUCAAAAUGUUAAACUUGAAAAAAAAAAAAAAUCAUCUGCUGGACAGAAGCAGAUUGACAGACAUGUGGUAGUGCCCAUAUGUGGGGCUCCACAACAGGUGGUGCCUUCAAGGCAGUGUAUUUAGUUCCAAAUGCCAUUUGUGUCAGAAGGAUCAAUGUAACAAGAACAUACUGUACAUCCAGUCUGUGGGGAGAUUGAUAUGAAAACAGAAACACAAGGUCCUGGGUAGUUGUUCUUUCUUAUAUGGAGAAUGAAUGUGGAGAACAUAAAAACAAUGAGUCUUUUAACAGCUAACAUUAUUUAACUUCUUAAAGAGCAACAACUGGACCCUGUGUAAAUACUUUGAAAAACACAUUUAACAAGCUAAAAAAAACCUGAAUGCUAACAGCUAAUGUUGUUUGACUUCAGCUCGUACUUUCACUCUCUGUGUACUUAGUGUGCUUUGACAAACAAAUUCAACAAAACAAAUCCUUUCCUUUUUACAUUGCUGCUGAAUUGUAUGGCUAUCGCCCACCGGUGGUAGCGACAGGGUACUGUUUCUCAAAGCUGAGCUGACCAUGUGACUUGUGGAGUGACAUGUCCUGUGAGGUAUUCAUACUCAGCCCCUGAGGUUAGAUAUCACACACGCGUUACCAAACAGUGGUGACCAAUCAUUUUAUUAUAGGAUUCUAUACUGUCUUCUGACUCAGAGUCCUCCUACUAGAACAGCUGUCGAAUAUUCUGGUCAAACGUCGAUGUCAUGUUGGUGACUGAAGUGUAUAUUUCUCCAGCCCUCAUUUACUGCUGUGGUGAAUAUUUGUGAAUAAUAUUUGAAGAUGUUUCUCUCUUAAUCAACAGCAAUUCUUGUAUAUUUAUCUCUCGUGUAUUGUUGUAUGCUGUGCACUCUGUGUGUACACACUGUACAGUGAAAAUAUGGAGGCCUUUAAAUUUAGCACAAAACCUAUUCAUUUCUAAAGCCACAAGCUAUCCAGUGGUGCACAUAAAUCCACACGUCUGGUUUGUGGCCAGUCAUUGUCCAUUGUUUGAAGGCAUUUUAAACGUUCUUGUUGGUAA